UUGGCGGUGUAGUGUGUGGUAGGUCGAAAGUGCGCUGAGCGACUGUUGAUCUCGUCAAGUCGGUCAAAUAUUCAACCGUUGUUACAUUCUGUUUGGCCUCGGUCCGAAAACCUCGAUCGGCAUUGUUUUUAGCAAGUGAUCUGAAUAAUUGCCAUUGAUUGCUCCGUCACGAUCUACUUAUAGUUAAUUAAUAGCCUGGGAGAAAACCUACGAAUAAUGAUGGAGUUGAGAUUGAUUGUCGGUGUGAUGGUAGUGGUCACAAUUUCAGUGACCACCGAGGCACUACCUACUAAGCUCGAGAUUAGUGGCACCACCACAGCACUUUUAUACCUGGACAAGUUCGGUUACAUGAACUCCACAGCCACGAACCCUGAGAAUGGCGCUCUCCUCUCAGAAGCCGCAGUGCGACAAGCAAUACUUGACUUUCAGGCAUUCGCAGGUCUGAAUCAGACCGGCAACCUGGACCAGGAGACCGUAGAGAUGAUGAACAGACCGCGCUGCGGCAACAGAGACAUCAUCGGCCACGGCCCCAACACUCGCCGCAGGAAGAGAUACGCGCUCCAGGGUUCCAGGUGGAGGGUGCGAGACCUGACCUACCAAAUCUCCAAGUAUCCUACAGGACUCAAGGCGAGCGACGUGGAUGAGGAAGUGGCUAACGCUUUCAAGGUUUGGGAGGACGUAAGCAACCUGACGUUCCGACCCACCACCACCGGGAAGGUCCACAUUGACAUCAGGUUCGAGAAAGGGGAACAUGGGGACGGCGACCCCUUCGAUGGCCGCGGGGGGACCCUCGCCCAUGCAUACUUCCCCAUCUACGGAGGAGACGCUCACUUUGAUGACACUGAGCAGUGGACCAUUGAUUCGUUCGCUGGCACUAACCUGUUUCAAGUGGCGGCGCACGAGUUCGGGCACUCACUCGGUCUGUCGCACUCGGACGUUCGGUCUGCGCUCAUGGCGCCCUUCUACAGAGGUUACGAGAGGAACUUCGAGCUUGACGAUGAUGACACUCGGGCGAUCCAGGCAUUGUACGGCAAGAGAGAAAGUCCAUCUCAGUCAACACCAAGCCGCGUGCCCACCGCCGCCACCACCCGACGCCCCAGCACCGGGGCAGGCACCGCUGGGGUGCUCUGCAGCGACGCCUCCGUCGACACCAUCGUCACCAUGGCCGACAAGAACACCUACGUCUUCAAGGGCUCACAGUACUGGCUGCUGACGGAUUCAUCCACCGCCCCUGGCUAUCCUAGAUCCACCACUGCAGAUUGGGGUGGUUUGCCUGGGAACCUUGACGCUGCCUUCACCUGGUCCAACGGCAAGACCUACUUCCUGAAGGGCUCGGAGUAUUGGCGGUUCAGCAACAUGACCAUGGACCCCGGCUACCCCAAGCCAAUCUCGAAGGGCUUCGCUGGGAUCCCAGAUAACGUAGACUCCGCUUUUGUCUGGUCAGGGAACGGAAAAAUUUACUUCUUCAAGAACGACAAGUACUGGCGAUUCGAGCCCACGGCGCGUCCCCCGGUGGGGGCCAAGUACCCCAAAGACGUGAGCAACUGGGAGGGCAUCCCCAACAACAUCGACGCUGCCCUACAGUACAGCAACGGCUUCACUUACUUCUUCAAGGAUGGCAUGUACUGGAGGUUCAACGACCGCACCUUCCGUAUCGACACCGCCGACCCUCCCUUCCCUCGGCCCGCCGGCUACUGGUGGUUCGGCUGCGAGACAUCGGGUUCUCAGACUCUUCUGUCCAACCGGAGAACAGAUGAGAUUUCUCCAUCCGACUACGACGUCCGCGAAGACAAUUUCGACGCCGACGGCGCUGCGUCGAACCCUCGCCUGCAGAACUGGUUGGCAGUCGGCAACCCUCAUGCGCGAGACGAACUCCACCAGCAGGCGCAGCAGCAGGCGAGUGUGGCUGAGAACUCUGCCGCCACGGCCUUCACAUCCAUCAUCACAAUUAUACUGCCUAUUUUCCUGCGAAGACUGAUUUAGAAGUUUUCCUGCUAAUUUAUAUUGUUCGGAAUCAUGGGUUGGAAACAUUUUAUUUCAAGGUUGAAAACUACUUUGCAAUAAUGAACCACAUUUUUGUUGUAAACAAAUCUUCCUGUCCAGAACUGGAAUCCGGUUCUGUAGUAAUUACACGUCAUGUCAGAGAUGAAAUUUGUUUUUCAUAUCAGGUCUAAAAAUGCUAUGGUUGAACUUUGAGCCUCAGUUUUGUGUCGCAAUUUAUGACAAUGAUGUUUCAAGUGUGAAUAAAAGGUUUUGUUUUGUUCUUAAGCGCACCUCAUGAAAUGCAAUUAUAAUUUAUUUAAAUGAAAACGUUUGAAUAUGCUAAUUUCAAGUAUGAAACCACAAUUUCGUGCUCGAACGUAUCCGUUCAGUUAUCUUGAUUUCACUCGUGACUUUGUCUUAUCGUAGGAAAUUGUAUGCGUUUUGUAUAGCUGGAAGAGAGUGACACAUAGGGACAUGUUUUCUUGUGAUACUUGAGACUGCCCAUCAUUAUUGAUCAGAGCCCAUCCAUUAUUCGUAAAGCUUCGCAUUGUUUCCCUCACACAAAAUAUAGUAAAUUUUAUGACCUCAUCUAGAAGUGAUAGUUGCGCUAUUUUCUUUGAUCAUAACAUGUGUGCCGAAGCAAAAGUUUGUGACGUAGUCCUUUCAUCAUCCUUUUUUCCGUAGAUUGAUCAUUUACUUCAUACAAUAUAACCUCAUAUUGUCUCCAAGAUUAGGAAACUUUUUUUACGUAUUUUCUGUUGUUGGAGACAACUUAUUUGUUGACCUUAGAACUUAAGCCAGCUACGAUCUCUCAGUAUGUCCAUUGAUAGCAUGCUACACUUUGAUUAGACGCUCAACCGAAUUAAAAUGUAUUCAAUAGUUUCGUCAGGAGAAACUUCUGCGAAGGAUUUACGAUAUUUAUUAAUGCUAAAACUAAGUAACUAAGUAUUUUAGCGCGAUGGUCACUGAUUAUUGCAUGUGUCGUGCCGAAAUCGCGGAAUUGACGAUUCUAUGGAAAUGGCAGCCAGUUUGCCGAAUUUGUAGAAGCAGCAUUUCGUUGCUCAUUCAGAAAAUCGGAUGUUAGAGUUUGAACAUAAAUCGACAGUUAGAGUUAGAAAAGGUUAGGUCAAGUUCUGUC